GGCGUGACCUGGGUCAACGACACUUGCUUGGCCCAGGGGGCCCUGAUGGUGACGAGGUCAACAGAAGUGUACCCGUUUUCCAAGAAGGUCGCUCGGGAGAUCCGCCAGAGUCAGAGCAUGCCGAGCGCCAUCCAGCGGAGUGCUGCCUCAGAACUUCAGCGACUGCAACGCGGUCAGACGACCACAGCCGCAAUCAUACAGAAUGUCUUGGAGAAGGUUGAGGAAGGCAAGUGCCUGGCUGUUGUGGACUUGAUUUCUGGUGUGGGUGACUGGGGCGCCGGAGUGCUGUCCGAAGCGCAACGACUCGGCCUGACCCAGCAGUCGCAGGAGAAGGAACAAAACGUGCGCCUCAAGUACUUGGGCUUCGACUUCCGGGAGUACGCUGCGCCGGCAGAGCAGCCGCCAGACGCGGGCAAGCAGCCAGAAUGGGACAAGCUCGUGGCGGAGGUGGCCUCGAGGAUGAAGGUCUUCACGGUUAACAAAGCCACCGGGGCGCUGCAGGUUCCUACAGACAAGAAGUGGAAGGGCACUGUGCGGACAGAAGCGUUGUUCAGCACCUUGAAGACGUACGAGGACAAGGCGCAAGAGCUAGGCGCUGUGAGGCAGCCUCAAAAGAAGCCAGCCCCAAACACCAAGCCAAAGAAGGCGGACAUGGUGACCAUGCCAGUCGCAGACCUGAAGAAAAUGGAUUGCUGUUAUGUGCCUUCUGAUGAUGAGUUGCCUGACGACUGGGAGAUUGUCUUGACGUUGACGGACGGCGCCUGGGCUGUGUGGCUUUAUCUCAAAGAGUCUGACAAGCCCGCCACUUUCAAGCGCCGGCAGCAGGUGCUGCCGCUAGGCCAUCUUGCUGUCGGGAUGGAAGCAAAUGUGCCAGCCGGGCAUUGGUCCAUGCCCUUGAGACUGACAUCGUCCAACCCAUCGCAGUGCCUCGUGACAGUUGCCGGGAAAGUGACAGACCUGGCCUUUCUUGUCAAGCACAUGGAUAUCAAGACAGAGACGCCGGAGCAGGCAAGGCUUACAGCGAACCACUUACGGAGUUUUGAAAUUUGA